GUUUAUUUAGCUAAUAUAAUAAUUGUAAAAAAAAAAUUGGUGAAUGAAAAAAUAUUAAUGCUUUUGUGUGACAGGUUCGAUGAGGUCUAUUUUGGGCAGUUUCUAUCUCUAUACGUGAAACAAGUGUUUUUCAUUGAUGAGAGCGGUCCACCUUUUGGCCACAUGAUUCUAGCUUUAGGAGCCUAUUUAGGAGGAUUCAGUGGCAACUUUGUUUGGAAUAGAAUUGGAGCAGAAUACACCAGUAAUGUUCCUGUUUGGAGCCUUCGGGCAAUACCGGCCAUUGCUGGCUCAUUUUGUUUGCCACUUUGUUAUCUUCUGGUGGUAGAACUCGGAUAUUCACACUUCACAGCGUUAGGGGCAUCCGUGCUCCUCCUCAUGGAAAAUUCCUUGAUUGUGCAAUCACGCUUCAUGCUGCUGGAGUCUUUAUUAAUCUUUUUCUUGCUGCUAGCUGUACUUUCCUACCUGCACUUUCACAAAACACGCAAUUCAUCAUUUAGAUGGUUUUGGCUCGUGAUCUCUGGGGUCAGUUGUGCAUUUGGGAUUGGCAUAAAAUACAUGGGUAAGUUUACAUACUGUUUACCGCUGGGCGUGGCAGCUGUACACACCUGGCAACUUAUUGGAGAUCGAACAGUAAGCAAUGGCAAAGUAGCGGUUCAAGUUUUGGUUCGCUUCCUGGCGCUUGUGGUGAUACCUGUCAUUCUGUACCUUGGAUUUUUCUACGUCCAUCUUACCCUGCUGUACUGCAGCGGACCACAUGACCAAAUGAUGAGCAGUGCUUUUCAAGCAAGCCUAGAGGGUGGUCUUGCCAGUGUCACACAGGGACAGCCUUUGGAGGUUGCAUUUGGCUCCCAGGUUACUCUACGCACUGUGUCCAGCAAACCUGUUCCAUGUUGGCUCCACUCCCUCAAGGUUAACUAUCCAAUUAGGUACGAAAAUGGGUGCAGUAGCUCCCAUCAGCAGCAGGUGACUUGCUAUCCUUUCAAAGACAUCAACAACUGGUGGAUUAUUAAACAUCCUGGGAGGCACAGUCUAGUGGUGAACAGCCCUCCCAAACCUGUCAGACAUGGAGAUAUUAUUCAUCUGCUACAUGGAAUGACAUCACGCUACCUAAACACGCAUGAUGUUGCAGCCCCAAUGAGACCUCACUCGCAGGAAGUGUCUGGUUACAUUGACUUUAACGUGUCUAUGCCAGCACAGAAACUUUGGAGAGACGUAGUGAACAGGGAGUCUGAUAGAGAAAUCUGGAAGACAAUUUUAUCAGAAGUGCGACUAGUCCAUGUAAACACAUCAGCUGUUCUCAAGCUCAGUGGAGCUUCUCUGCCAGAGUGGGGUUUCAGACAGAUGGAGGUGGUUGGAGAUAAGAUGUAUGAAGGCUACCAGCAGAGUGGCAUAUGGAAUGUGGAGGAGCACCGCUAUGGCAGAAGUCAGGAACAGAGAGAAAGGGAGUUGGAGCUGAAGUCACCUACUCAUAGUGACAUCACCAGAAAUCUCACUUUCAUGGCCAAAUUUCUCGAGCUGCAGUGGAAGAUGCUGACAGUAAAGAACGAGGAGUCUGAGCACAAAUAUAGUUCAUCACCUCUUGAAUGGUUCACCAUGGACACCAACAAUGCAUACUGGCUUCAUCCUUCAAACUCUUGGGAAAAGCUGAUUUGGGCUCGCGUAGUUUGCUUUGGAGGCUGGACAUUUAAUUACCUGCCAUUCAUCUUAAUGGAGAAGACUCUGUUUCUGUACCACUAUCUUACAGCACUCACCUUCAAGAUCUUGCAGAUACCUGUAGUUGUAGAGCACCUGUACACCCAUGUAUUAAGGAAAGAGAAACAUGAUAUAUUCUGUCCAUCAGUUUGUAACUAUGUCAGUGAAGUAAUUGAAUAAAAUCCCAUAUCUUAAAUAAUCUAAAUGUAUCUUUUGAAAUAUCUUCCACUUCAUCAUAAAAUAUACUAUAUGGCCAAAUGUUUGUGGACACCCCCUUCUAAUUAAUGAAUUUGGUUACUCCAUUAAAUCCAGUAAAGAAAAAUCUUAAUGUUUCUUUAUGUAAUGGCUUGGGCUUUGUGUGCUUCCAAAUUUGUGGCAACUGUUUGGGGAUAGCCCUUUUCUGUUCCAGCAUGACAAUGUCCCUGUGAACAAAUGUCCAUAAAGAAAUGGUUUACUGUGUCUGGCGUGGAAGAAAUUGACUGGCCUGCACAAAGCCCAGACCUGAACCCCACUUAUCACUUUUGGGGUGAACUGGAACAGCAACUGUAAGUCAGGCCCCAUUGACCAACAUCAGUUCCUGUCCUCACUGAUAGCCUUGUGUCUGAAUGAGAGCAAAUCCCUGCAGCCAUGUUACUACAUACAGUAUAGUGGAAAGCCUUCCCAAAAGAAUGGAAGCUGUUAUUACAGUAAAGGGGGAAAUUGAUGCCUAAG